CAGGUAGAGACUGUUGUUACCAUGCAACGAGCAGACGCUUGUGAAAAGUACUAACGUUAUCUACAAAAUUGGGUUGCUAGCAAAUUGACUAAAUUGCCUGCUGCUAACCAUCUUGGUGCUAGAUACAUAGCGCGCGAGUGUAUGUUGCUAGUUAAGCUAACGUUAGCUUGCAAGCUAAUAAUAAUAUUUAUCAAGAAAACAACUGCAGCAUAGCUUGCUAGCUAACCUAGCCAGCCAUCAAAAAAGUUCCUAACGUUACAACAUGGCAGACGGCUGGAGCACCGACACGGGAGAGGCUGUCUAUCGUUCCCGGGAUGCUGUCAAAAACCUUCAAAUUAAGUAAAUUGUAGUUAGCCUUUGUGUGGCUUUUAUUCCUUGCAUUGACAUACAAGCAAGACACUAUCGUUAGCUAACGUUAGCUCUCAAAGCAGAUGAUGAUGAACACACAGUAUAUUGCUUAACCUGAUCCCUGAGAAUAGUUAGCUAGAAUCUUGUUUACUUUGUUUAUAUUUAAAAUGGUGUUUACAGGAUCCGUAUUCAGAGAGUCACCUCCACAGCAGCCCUCUCCCAACACCUUCAGCAGCAGGUUUUGGCUCAACCGGAGAGGGAAGGCAUUGAGCUGGACACCCUCAACUCACCGGCUCAAUCAGGUAUUAACACUGUUUUGAAACAGCAAGAUGAUGUUAGAUGUUUUGAAACAGCAAGAUGAUGCUUCUUAGUUGAGUAGAUGUUAUUUUCGUAGUGGCUAGAUAUGGACCAGAACAUCUUGGUUUUGUUUUCAGCCGGAGACGAUGAGGAGGAGUUGGUGGUAGGCUGGCAGGAGAAGCUGUUCAGUCAGGUAGGUCCUCUACCAGCGUCCAUAUAACGAAUAAGACUUUACUGUUUAGGAUAGUUUGAUGUUGAAUAGUAAGUCAUGUGUGUGUGUGUGCAGUAUGAAGUGGAUUUGUUCCAGAGUGAGUCAGUAUGCCAGACUCCACUGGAGAGGCAAUACCACACAGAGAUCAUUGCUCUGGGGCGGACCAGGGGCAGACGGAACCGCAGGAUUUUUACCUACUCCGAUUUUGACCGCUACACCAAUUGGGAAGGGGUGGGUUUAUACUGAAUCUCCAUUUCAUUAAUGUUAUUCAAAUCAAUCCAUCCUGGACAUAUGUAAUUCCUCGAGGAGUGUCCAGUAUUGUAGUAGCAUUUACCUAAUUUCUGUCUCAAAGACACAUUAGUGUUUUAAAGCUGUUUUUGAAAUACUCACUACAGCAUUCCCAGAGUAUGGUGACGCAGGUCAAGUCCAACCCUACCUUCCUGGCAGAAAGGAUGGCCAAUGUCAGACACAGACGACAGGACAGACGCCCAGUGUAGGUCCCUGUUACUCAUCAAAGUGAAUUUUUAUUAAAGUGAAUGUAAUUGAGGCAACAUUGAAGCGUGAUGUGCUGCUUUGAAGACAGUGUACCGGUAUGUUAAAAUUACACCAUACCCUUAUAUGCAAAAUGUGUUUGUGGUAUUCUGUUGGUCUGCAGUGACAGCACCAUCCCUAAGUCCAGGCUGAUUACCUGGGAGCCCUCAGAGGACUUUGUGAAGACCAGCCACGUGGUCAACACACCUGUACAGACCAUGCACAUCAUGGGGGACCUGGGACCACCGGGCAAGUGAGUAGCACAAGGGGAAAAAACACUAUGUAGCCUUUGCACUUAUUACACUGCUUUGUAUGUAAUAACAUUUAAGUACAUUCCAAUUCAGGAAAUUAAAAGUGGCAUUGUAUUCUUGUAUCUCUCAGACUUGGCCAAAAGGAGAAGGAAUGCUUGUUGUGCACGAUAAGAGCAGAUGGAAAUGGAGUGGUCACCAUCAAACCAGACUUCAACAAAGGCAAAGAGCCCUACAGGCAAGUGGCCCGCACCCGCUGAAGUCAAAAUGUUUUACCCCUAGCUCAAAUAAGGGUUACUUGGGAGCAGAAUACAUAAUCAUUUGCACCCCAGUAUCUCUAUUUGCACAUCAUCUCUUGCACAUCUAUCAUUCCAGUGUUAAUACUAAUUGUAAUUAUUUUGCACUAUGGCCUAUUAAUUGCCUUACCUCCAUAACUUGCUACAUUUUCACACACUGUAUAUAUAUUUUCUGUUGUAUUUUUGACUUUAUGUUUUGUUUUACCCCAUAUGUAACUCUGUGUUGUUGUUUUUAUCGCACUGCUUUGCUUUAUCUUGGCCAGGUCGCAGUUGUAAAUGAGAACUUGUUCUCAACUGGCUUACCUGGUUAAAUAAAGGUGAAAUAAAAAUAAAAAUACAGUACAGGCCAUUGACUGUGUCAUGAUGCUGUGUGUUUGCGCCCAGGGUUGAGACGGAGGGGGAGAAGAGGGAGGUGUGGCGUCUAACCCUGGAGAACGUGUCAGAAGGCAUCAGACCAGAGGAGAAGGAACGGGAACAGCGCAUGUAUAAAGACGUUAGUGACUGAGUGUGUAGUGUUAUUCACUGUUCGUGCACUGUAAUAAUACUUGUAUUAUAGUUCACCCCCAAAUCAACACUAGGCAGAUGUUUUUGUACCCCAAAGUGGCCUAAUGUCAGAUUUGUCCUUAUGCAUGUUCAUACACUGAUGAAAUAUUAUUUUAGCCUUUCAGUCAGGUUAGAGUCUUUAUGAUGAUGACCUCUCCUCUCUUUUUCUCCUUUCAGCUUUAUGUACGUCAUAAAGACUACCUCAACAGCUUGGUUGGCCAGGACUUUGAAAUGGUAUAUAUCUAGUCAGUGACAGAUCCUUAACACAAGUAUUUUAAUCAGCAAAGGUCAUCCGCGGUGUUCGCUCAGUAUUUGGUAAUUCAAUUAAGCAAUGAUGAUCAGAAACCCAUACAUUUCAGAGUUUUGGUGACACGCCAAGCUGAUGUAUGAAAUUAUGGGAUGAAUUAAUUCUGUAUAUGUUCGUGUCCUUCAGCCACCCCCUGGAAUUCUGCGUCUGUUGGUUAAUGGAGAAAUAGGUAAGUAAUGGUAGAGACAGUUAUAAUAUGACUUUUCAAUAUACUGUAUUUUAAAGUAGUCAUUUCAUUAGGUCUCCUGUAGUGACCAUUUCUCUGCUCUCUCUCCAGACUCAGCCAAAGGCUUUGAAUAUGACAACUUAUACAUCCACUUUUUCAUGGAGCUGCCCAACAGUGAGUCAAAAUAAACCGUCACCUUUUAUAGAGAAAGAUAUCCCACUUCUUACACAUAUUGUCAAUAUACUGUAUGUCUUUUACAUCGUUCACUUUGUAAGCUCCAUUUACAACUAGAUUCCUGUUUCUUUAGAUAAUAUAGCUGGUCGUUUUGAACAAGUUGUUUUCAGCUAACCCUACCUUCCCUGCCUGUUCUUCCUAGAUUGGUCCACUCUGCCAUUCCAGUCUCUCUCUGGAGUGACUCAGACUUGUCGCACAAAGACCAUAGGAAAGGCGGGUCUAUAAUUCAGGUCUUCACAUUAACCGCUGUUCUUAUUAGAGACAUAGGUAAACAUCUGAACAUGCUUUUCUUAUGCCUGUAGGACGACGUGGCUUUCUUCAGUUACCCUUUCAGCUUUGAGGCAUUCUUCAGGAGAAAGGAUGAGACAGAGGGUGAGUUUACAGUGCAUUUGGAAAGUAUUCAGACCCUUUCACUCUUUCCACAUUUUGUUACGUUACAGCCUUAUUCUAAAAUGGAUUUUAAAACAUUUUUCUUCAUCGAUCUACACACAAUACCCCAUAAUGACAAAGUAAAAACAGUUUUUUUUACAUUUUAGCAAAUGUAUUUAAAUUUAAAAAAACAGAUACCUUAUUUACAUAAGUAUUCAGAUCCUUUGCUAUAAGACUCGAAAUUGAGCUCAGGUGCAUCCUGUUUCCAUUGAUCAUCCUUGAGAUGUUUCUACAACUUGAUUGGAGUCCACCUGUGGUAAAUUCAAUUGAUUGGACAUGAUUUGGAAAGGCACACACCUGUCUAUAUAAGGUCCCACAGUUGACAGUGCAUGUCAGAGCAAAAACCAAGCCAUGAGGUCGAAGAAAUUGUCCGUAGAGCUCCGAGACAGGAUUGAGUCGAGGCAUAGCUCUGGGGAAGGGUACCAAAAAAUGUCUGCAGCAUUGAAGGUCCCAAAGAACACAGUGGCCUCCAUCAUUCUUAAAUGGAAGAAGUAUGGCACCACCAAGACUCUUCCUAGAGCUGGUGGCCCGGCCAAACUGAGCAAUCGGGGGAGAAGGGCCUUGCUCAGGGAGGUGACCAAGAACCCUAUGGUCACUCUGACAGAGCUCCAGAGUUCCUCUGUGGAGAUGGGAGAACCUUCCAGAAGGACAACCAUCUCUGCAGCACUCCAUCAAUAAUAUAAUAAUAAUAUAAUAUGCCAUUUAGCAGACGCUUUUAUCCCAAGCGACUUACAGUUACGUGUGCAUACAUUUUUACAUAUGGGUGGUCCCGGGGAUCGAACCCACUACCCUGGCGUUACAAGCGCCAUGCUCUACCAAUUGAGCUACAGAGAACCACACCAAUCAGGCCUUUAUGGUAGAGUGGCCAGACGGAAGCCACUCCUAAGUAAAAGACACAUGACUUCCCGCUUGCAGAUUGCCAAAAGGCACCUAAAGGACUCUCAGACCAUGAGAAACAAGAUUCUCUGGUCUAAUGAAACCAAUAUUAAACUCUUUGACCUGAAUGUCAAGCACCACGUCUAGAGGAAACCAGGCACCGUUCAUCACCUGGCAAAUACCAUCCUUACGGUGAAACAUGGUGGUGGCAGCAUCAUGCUGUGGGGAUGUUUUUCAGCGGAAGGGACUGGGAGACUAAUCAGGAUAGAGGGAAAGAUGAACGGAGCAAAGUACAAAGAGAUCCUUGAUGAAAACCUGCUCCAGAGUGCUCAGGACCUCAGACUGGGGCGAAGGUUCACCUUCCAACAGAACAAUGACCCUAAGCACACAGCCAAGACAAUGCAGGAGUGGCUUCGGGACAAGUCUCUGAAUGUCCUUGAGUGUCCCAGCCAAAGCCCAGACUUGAACCCGAUCUAACAUCUCUGGAGAGACCUGAAAAUAGCUGUGCAAUGACGCUCCCCAUCCAACCUGACAGAGCUUGAGAGGAUCUGCAGAGAAGAACAGGAGAAACUCCCCAAAUACAGGUGUGCCAAGCUUGUAGCGUCAUACCCAAGAAGACUCAAGACUGUAAUCACUGCCAAAGGUGCUUCAAGAAAGUACUGAUUAAAGGGUCUGAAUACUUAUGUAAAUGUGAUAUUUCAGGGUUUGUUUGUUUGUUUUUUUACAAACAUUUCUAAAACCCUGUUUUUGCUUUGUCAUUAUGGGGUAUUGUGUGUAGAUUGAUGAGGGAAAAAAACUAUUUAAUCCAUUUUAGAAUAAGGCUGUAACGUAACAAAAUGUGUAAAAAGUGAAGGGGUCUGAAUACUUAACGAAUAUUAAUAUAAAUAUUUAGUUUAGAUUGUAUUCCUGACAAUAAUUAUCAUAAAAUGGUAUUUGUAACAUGCAUUUCAUCAUAGCGUAACUUCAUAUGGCAUUUCUUAAUUUUUCCUGCUAAUUAUUUUAUCAUAGAAUCCCUUCCCCAAUGGCCAGUUCUGUACUUCAAAGUCCUCUCCCUGGACUUCUGGCAGCGCUACAGAAAUGAAGGCUAUGGCUACCUGGUCAUUCCUUCCACCCCUGGUAAGAUGUGUAUAUGUGUAUAAUGACAGUCAGAAUUGUUUUCUGAAAGUAGCGUAAAUGAUCUACUCUGGCUCAAACAGGUGUGUGUGUGUGUAUCCCAUAGGGAAGCAUACAGUAACGUGUCAUACGUGGAGACCGCUGCAGACGGGAACAGUGUCAGAACUGAGACGCUUCUUCAUUGGUGGAUCCCCUGAGCUGGAGGACUACAGUUAUGUCAGAGUCCCAGGGACCUUCAAGGUACAAAGAAAAUACUGCAAUUCUCUGAAUAAAGUCCUGAAAACACUGACUGAUAAGUAUUUACAUACAAGUCUAGCUAACCCUGUCUGUGUAGGGAGAGAGGCUGAGUCGCUUUGGCUUCCGCACACAGACCACAGGCAGCGUCACCUUCAACCUCCAUUGUAUCCAGCACGCUAGGUGAGUCUGGUUCAAGUCAAGACUUUCUGUUGGUUGCACAGAUGAAAAUACCACUGUGAAUAUUUACAGAUUAUUUAUGAGGGGUCCACAGUAUUAUGUUAUUUUAGUAUGGGGUGAAGCAACAGAAUGAAAAAGGUUCCGACUUUCCAUUUGGGCCAUAUUUUCUCUGUUGUUUGUUUGACAUAUAUGCUUGUCUUGUGUUCAGGGCGUUUGUUGAUGCCAGCAACCUGAAGAAGAGGAUGCAGAGUGUUCUGGACCAGCUGGGAGGCUUCAGUCAGCAAGGGGCUGUCUAUAAUGUCCUGGGUAAGGAAUGUCAUGUCCAAAUACAAAUAAUUGACAAAGAAUUACAAAAUGUCAAGAUGCUGAGCGGAAAAAAUAUUACAGUAGCCUGUUAAACAGUGGAUUUGUGCUCUAAUUGGCAGAGGCAUUCCAGAGGGCCAGGAGACGGAUGCAUGAGGCCAGAGAGAGUCUUCCCCGAGACCUCAUAAACACUACAGCCCAACAAAACUCUGAGUCCACCUCAUAGACACAUACAUGGUUUACAUACAGUAGGCAGCACAGCGUUCACCUGAAAGAAAAUGCGAAGGAAAUGCCAGGAUUAAAUAUAACAUCUCCCUGUUCAACAGCCAUCUAUGUUUAUGUUCUGUAAUUUUGUAAGUAUUACAAUGCAUGUACACC